AUGAAGGUGUACGGCAUCAAGCUCGACUUCACUCACUCAGAAGCUGAUCGUGACUACAUCGACAGCCCGUAUCAGUCGCUAUUUAUAGUUGUCAAAGCAGCCUUGGCACUGGUCAAUAUGGAUGCCUUCGCUCAAGUGUUCUCGUUAUGUGGGAUGCAUGAGGAACACUGCAAAAGCCCAUUUCCCCCAAGCAGCACAGUUAGCAACGACUGA